AUGGCAGGUGUCACAUCGGAUUCUUCACAGGAGACGAUGAGUCACCGGUGGAACCUCGCCGGCAUGACGGCGCUCGUCACCGGAGGAACCAAGGGGAUCGGGCUUGCCAUCGUGGAGGAGCUGGCCGGGCUGGGCGCCAAGGUGCACACCUGCGCACGCAACGCCGCCGGCCUGGACAAAUGCCGGCGGCGAUGGCAGAGCAAGGGCCUCCACCAGCUGGUCACCGCCUCCGUCUGCGACGUCUCCGUGCGCGGCGACAGGGAGGCCCUCGUCGCCACGGUCCGCGACCUCUUCCACGGCAAGCUCCACAUCCUCGUCAACAACGCCGGCCAAUCCCUCUACAAGGCGGCCGCGGACACCACGCCGGAGGACUACGCCCGCAUCAUGGCCACCAACCUCGACCCCUGCUUCCACCUCUCCCAGCUCGCGCACCCGCUGCUCCGCCAAGCCGGGGCCUCCUCCGUGCUGCUCAUCUCCUCCGUCACCGGCUACAUCGCCUACCCGGCGCUCUCGGUUUACUCGCUCACCAAGGGGGCCAUGCACCAGCUCGCCAGGAGCCUGGCCGCCGAGUGGGCGACGCACGGCAUCCGCGUCAACUGCGUCGCGCCGGGCGGCAUCGACACCGAUAUCUCCACCACCACGCUCGCCACCGACCCAACCAUGGCGCGGAGGCUCGCCGACAUGGAGACGGCGCGGGUGCCCAUGCGCCGCUUCGGCAAGCCCCACGAAGUCGCCGCGGUCGUCGCCUUCCUCUGCAUGCCCGGCGCCGGGUACAUGACGGGCCAGGUCAUAUGCGUCGAUGGCGGACGCACAAUAGCAGCCAAGCUAUGA